UGGAGCGUCCGUCAUGAGGAGAAGUGAGGUGCUGGCAGAGGAGUCCAUACUAUGUCUCCAGAAAGCCCUGAAUCACCUUCGGGAAAUAUGGGAAUUGAUUGGCAUUCCAGAGGACCAGCGGUUACAAAGAACUGAGGUUGUAAAGAAGCACAUCAAGGACCUCCUGGAUAUGAUGAUUGCUGAAGAGGAAAGCCUGAAGGAAAGACUUAUAAAAAGCAUAGCCGUCUGUCAAAAAGAACUGAACACCUGCAGCGAGUUAAAUGUUGAGCCUUUUCAUGAAGAAGGAGAGACAACCAUCUUGCAACUAGAAAAGGAUUUGCGUACUCAGGUAGAACUGAGGAGAAAACAGAAAAAGGAGAGAAAACAAGAACUGAAAAUUCUUCAAGAACAAGAUCAAGAACUGUGUGAAAUUCUUUGCAUGCCCUAUUAUGAAAUCGACAGCACCUCAGUUCCCAGCUUAGAAGAGCUGAACCAGUUUAGACAACAUGUGGCAACUUUGAGGGAAACAAAGGCAUCUAGGCGUGAGGAGUUUGUUAACAUAAAGAGACAAAUCAUACUGUGUAUGGAGGAAUUAGAGCACACUCCGGACACAAGCUUUGAAAGAGACGUGGUGUGUGAAGAUGAAGAAGCCUUCUGUUUAUCUCUGGAAAAUAUUGCAACACUACAGAUAUUGCUCUGGCAGCUGGAAGUGCGAGAAGCACAACAUGAAGCAGUGUGUGAGGGGCUGCGUGCUCAGAUACGAGAGCUCUGGGAUAGGUUGCAAAUACCUGCAGAAGAAAGAGAAGCUGUGGCCACGGUUAUGACUGGGUCGAAGGCCAAGGUCCGGAAAGCGCUGCAGUUAGAAGUGGAUCGGUUGGAAGAACUGAAAAUGCAAAACAUGAAGAAGGUGAUCGAGGCAAUCCGAGUGGAGGUGGCGCAGCACUGGGACAAGUGUUUCUACAGCCAGGAGCAGAGGCGGGCGUUCGCCGCCUACUACUCCGAGGACUACACAGAAAAUCUGCUCCAGCUCCAUGAUGCCGAGAUCGUGCGGUUAAGAAACUACUAUGAGGUUCACAAAGAAUUCUUUGAAGGUGUCCAGAAGUGGGAAGAAAGCUGGAGGCUUUUCUUAGAGUUUGAGAGAAAAGCUUCAGAUCCAAGUCGAUUUACAAAUCGUGGAGGAAAUCUUCUAAAAGAGGAAAAGCAGAGAGCCAAGCUCCAAAAAACACUCCCUAAGUUGGAAGAGGAGUUGAAAGCAAGAAUUGAAAUGUGGGAACAGGAGCAUUCAAAGGCAUUUGUGGUGAAUGGGCAGAAAUUCAUGGAGUACGUAACAGAACAGUGGGAGAUGCACCGGCUGGAGAAGGAGAGGGCCAAGCAGGAACAACAACUAAAGAACAAGCAGACAGAGACAGAGAUGCUCUAUGGCAGUGCUCCGUGAACACCCAACAAGCGGCGAGGACUGGCACCCAGCACUCCAGGCAAAGUGCGCAAGCUGAACACUACCACCAUGUCCAAUGCUACGGCCAACAGCAGCAUUUGGCCUGUCUUUUCGGGGACAGUCUACCGCUCCCCUGUGUCUCGACUUCCACCUUCUGGCAGCAAGCCAGUCAUCACUUCCACCUGUUCGGGGAAAAAAAUGUCCCGUGCCGUCAAGCAUGGAGCCAACAAGGAGAACCUGGAACUCAAUGGCAGCAUCCUCAGCGGGAUGUUCACUUAAUGCUACAGCUUCAGUAGCUUUGCUCUCACCUAAAGGCCUGUCCCCACCACACAGGACAGCCUUCCUACUGAUGAAGAUGUCUGUGUGUCAGAAGUUGGGAUGGCCUGACUCACUGCCAAAGAGGUGACAGGGAGGCUGGGAGCACCUUUGUUCA